AUGACUUUCGGCGAAUCUCUUUACAAAAUUGUUUCUCAUUAUUCACAAUUUUAUUUCGUUGCCAUUGCAUCGAUACUUGGUACAGGUAUCCUUGGUCUUCCGGUGACAUUAUCUGAAAGUGGUUUUCAACCAUUUAUAAUCUCAUUUUUGAUCUGUUACUUUGUUCAAGUAUUGACAGUUUUUUUCUUCACGGAAGUUUUACAAAAGGCUUAUUAUCGAAAUGUUGAAAACUUACAACAAAGUGAUAAGGACAAUGCACCGAUUCAUAUGGAAAAAGAUGAAUUACCUACAUACGGAUCAGAUUAUGAUUUAGCAGCAAAACAGGAAUACGGUGAAUUUGUCGAAUUGCGAGAUAUGGUUGUUCCUUCGAGAGCCAAUAAAGUGGAUAUAAUCAAACGAUGUUUACCAAAUCUUCAUUCACUUGGAGAGCUUCUAUUACCAUGUUUUCUUCGACAAUUAUUUACAUUAACUGUACUUUUGAGUUUAUUAUGCUUAUUGGUGAGCUAUGCACUAGCUGGUAGUCAAGCAUUUACUACUUUAUUUCAUGUCAAUUAUAUGAAAAUGAUUCCGGUUUUUUGUUGGACAUGGACAUUUGUCAUUAUUUUUCUUCAUUCAUUUAUUCAACCGAUUAUAUCGGUAUUAACUUUUCUUAAAGGGACACUUUUUACUGGAACGGUCGUUGUAACAUUAUUAGUUGGAUUAAAAGUACAAAAUCCAGUAACAAAUGAUUAUAAAGCUAUUGGAGAUUCAUUUUUAAUGAGUACAAUUGCAUUAGGUGGUUUAAUGAAUGUGAUGCCAUUAAUGUUUUCAAAAUUGAAACAGACAAGAGAUGAGAUUAUCGGCUUUAAUGUAGCUUUAUUUCUUGGCUUGACAACAUGUGUUAUUUUAAAUAUUCUUUGGUGUUGGUCAAUAUUAGCAGUUGUUCCGCAACAUAGUAUAUGUUUAUCAAGUAAUAUAAAUGAAUCAAUUCAAAUGGCGUUUAAUCUUUUAAAUGAAUCACAAAUUCAAGGUCAAUGUAUUUAUUCGCCGUCUUUACAAAGAGCGGAAUUGAAUGGAGAAAUUUCAACAGUACCUUUAAGCAAAAUUCUUGAAAAAGAUGAUUACAAAUUUUUUCAAUAUGUUUCAUUUAUUGUUCAAUUAUUUAUUGUAAUAAGUAUUUCGGUUUCAUUCAUGACUAUGGGUUCAGCCUUACAUCAUACAAUCAAAGGUGUUGUUGAUUCAUUUUGGAACCCUGCAUUAGAAGCAGAAACAAGUUUAACAAGAUAUGGAAAUGUUUUUCAAUAUAUUACUAUCCGACGAAUUAUUCAAUGGAUUUUUUCUUUAAUUAUUUUCUCAAUGGUCUUUGGUAUUGCAAUGAGUAAUCCAAAGGGUUUUAAAAGUAUUCUUGAACAAGCUGGAAGUCUUUUUCAAAAUAUUGAAAUGGGUAUAUUUCUUGCAAUAAUGAUCUAUAAAGUCUCGACGGCAGAAUAUCGUCGUUAUAUAUUACCUUUUCAAUUACCACGGUGGUUUAUUCAUUUUCAAUGGAUCAUUCCGAUUUAUUUUGUCUUCGCUGUGAUUUAUGAUAUAUAUCAUAUAAUUCGGCAUUAUUUAUAUUAA